AUGUCUUCUACCCUUCUCUCACCCAUGUCAUUAGUGUGUCGAGCACCUCGCGGCAUCCAUUAUCCAGUUUUGGACUUUCUUGCCCCAUGUACCAUAUCCGCAGUAUCACGCCAGAGCUCGCGAUUCCAUACCUCACCGCCACGCUCUUCACAACCACCAAUUACACCACAGCCAUCAAAUACAACGAAUGCCCCGCCAUCACAAUCCCCACUGCCCUCCCAGCCCUCGAAAGAUGGGCCAACCAAGCCCAUCCGCCCCCUCACCCAAGAGCAAAGGGCUUUCCUCUCCUCCGCCCUACGCGUAAACCAGACCGGCGAACUCGCCGCAAUCCUCAUCUACGCCGCGCAAUCUCCGGUAUUAACGCGCUCCCACCCGCACCUCCGGCCCUUGAUGAAGCACAUGUACGACCAAGAAGCCGGGCAUUAUAAGUACUUCAACGAAGUCAUUUCAAAACACCGAAUCCGCCCCACUGCCAUGACGCCGCUCUGGACCGCCGCCGCCAGCAUACUCGGCUGGUCCACGGCUGUCCUGGGCCGCGAAGCUGCAAUGGCAUGUACCGAGGCUGUCGAGACGGAAAUCGGGACCCAUUAUAAUGAACAGGUUGGAGUUUUGGUUGACUGGGCGAAGAAGUGUGAGGCUAGGGGGGAGAGCUUGGGUCCUGAGUUGGAGGCGUUGAUUGGCGAGUUGAGGCGGAUUCGGGACGAGGAGUUGGAGCAUUUGGACCACGCGGUGGAAAAUGAUGCGAAAGCGGCGAGACCGUAUGAGGCGCUUACGGAGGUGAUUCGAGGAGGUUGUCGGGGGGCGAUUUGGGUCAGUGAGAGGGUAUGA